AUGAACAUCAGCCGCCCAGAAUCCGCUUCCAAUCAGACUGCCAAUAAGAGAAGCGUGCGGUUCUCCGACUCUGUGAAGGUGGAUGUUAUGGAAGAAAGAGACAAUAGUUUGCAACUCUUUGAUGGAACGGCUACAAUUGUAAACGCUGAUUUGGAAGCCCGAAUAAAACGGAUAGAGUUGGAAAAGGCCAAUGCCGAAGCACUUUUAGAAUUAAUGAAGAAACAGCAUCAGGAAGAACUAUCUGUCGUUGAGCAAGUGGCGAAAUCUAAAGUGGAACUGAUCGAAGAUGGAGCCAAACGACGAGAAUCAAGACUGAAAAAAGAUUUGAAUUAUUUGGAAGAACAGAGCAAAGAACGGUUGAUUCAGUUGGAGCAACAACGAGAUCGACUGGUGGCCGAAUUUUCAAACAAGUUGAAUGAGUCCAGAUCACAAGGCGAUCAGGAAGUGGCCAGGAUAAAAGCCCUACAUGAAGAUGAAAUAAACCGUUUGAAAAGCGCCCAAGAACAAGCGAUUGAGCAAGUUCGACAUGCUUGCGAACAGGAGAUGCGUGUUCGUAGUGAAUUGCAGCCAAAUAUGGAACAAUUAAAACGACUCUUGGAGGCGUUGCAUAACGCGGCACAAGAACUGAGUCGUGUAGAACAGGAAAGAUCACGGGAAAUCUCUGUGCGUAACGAACAACUUGCUCGAAGAGAGGAUGCGUUGCGAGUGGCCGAGGAGAAAUUCUCACUUCGCGUAAGCCAUCACUUUUGA